UCACCUUUGGUCACUGGGCUAAGGGCUCAUUGGCCAAUGCAGUAAAGUUAGGUGAGCAUCAAGCAGCGUUUUUAAAAAAUGGGAAAAGUGUUGCACUUAUUCCCUUCUGUCGCUCUGACUCGAGCUUACAGAACCAUAAUCAGCUCCUUCUCUCCUUAUUCCUCCGCACGCUUCCGGUCCUUCUCCGCCGCCAGCAUCAACACCAAGAUGUCGACAGAGAGCUAUAUGUUCGGUCCUUACAAAAUAGACCCAGAGGAAGUGUUCUACUCCACGCACCUUUCCUAUGCCUUGGUUAACCUCCGUCCUGUUGUUCCUGGUCAUGUGCUAGUAUGCCCAAGGCGUGAAGUGAAGCGAUUUGUUGAUCUCACUGCUGAUGAGAUAAGUGAUUUAUGGCUUGUGGCACAGAAAGUUGGCAGUCGGCUUGAGAGCCACCACCAAGCAACAUCACUCACUUUAACAGUCCAAGAUGGACCCCAAGCAGGACAGACAGUGCCUCAUGUUCAUAUCCACAUCCUCCCAAGGAAAAGUGGCGACUUUGAGAACAAUGAUGAGAUCUAUGAUGCUAUUGAUGAAAAGGAGAAGGAUUUAAAACAGAAGCUGGAUUUAGACAAGGAAAGGAAGGACAGAAGUAUAGAGGAGAUGGCUAAAGAGGCAGCUGAAUAUAGAUCACUUCUUUUGUAGAUUCAUCAAGAUUCAAGAAUUGAGUUUUAAUGUGAAAAAAAAAAUGUUUAUUUAUCUUCCAAACAUUUUUGAAGAAAAUGAAUUACUUAAAACUCCUUCCCUUU